AUGCCGCCGUCCGCCGUGGUGAUCAUCACCUGGGUAUGCAUUGCAGGAAUGGUGGUAUCUGUGGCGUGGGCGUCGGCGACGAUCGGGGUGCCGGGCUGCAAGACGAGGUGCGGCAACGUGAGCGUGCCGUACCCAUUCGGCAUGGGGCCACCCCGCUGCUACAUGCCGGGGUUCAAUCUCACCUGCAACGGCACAGUGGAGCCCCCCGAGCUGACCACCGAGGGCCACCUGGAGAUCGUCGACAUCUCCCUGGAGAAGGGCACCGUGCGCAUCAUCGGGCAGAGCCACGCCAUGAAGGUGAACAGCUCCGACGAGUUCGUCGCCUGGGGCGCCGUGCUCAAGGAGCACGGGCCGUACGCCCUGGCUACCUCGGCCGGCGUGAACGAAUUCGUCGCCGUAGGCUGCAACGUGCAGGCGACGAUGUACAGGAACAAGAGCGAGAGCGCCGUCACCGGCUGUGUCUCCCUGUGCUCCGCCCACGACACCAACAAACACGACAGCAAUAUCUACGGCGCCGGCGACAGCAAGGACGGCUCGACCUGCUCGGGCGUGGGGUGCUGCAGCGCGGCCAUCGUCUUCGCGGACGACCGCGCGUACUACGACGUGGAGCUCAAGCGGCUGCCCCCGAGCGCCGACGACGACGACCUUCCGCACGGCAUCCUUGAGCUGCUGCCUGUGCACGUGCUCAUCACCGAGACUGGGUGGCUCAACACCAGGCGGGCCUUCAAUCUGGCGCUGGGGCUUGGGGUUGAGACGGUGCCGGUGAUCCUGGACUGGGCGUGCCCCCACAACACGGCGGGCAAGGACGACGGCGUCUGCGCCAGCGUGCACAGCGUGUGGAUCGACAAGGGGAGAGAUCGAGGCUACUCGUGCAGAUGCCAGGACGGAUACGCGGGGAACCCCUACCUCGCCCACGGAUGCAUGGAUAUUGACGAGUGCGCGCGGCAGCUGGACUAUGGGUGCUUCGCUGAAUGCACCAAUACGGAGGGGUCGUUCCACUGCCGGUGCCCGCCAGGAACGCAGGGCAACCACACCACGCCCGGUGGAUGCGUCAAGUCCAUAAACGCACGCACAGGUUUAAUUAUCAGUAUAUCAAUUGCUGUAUGUGUGCCAUGCCUUAUACUUUUGAUUUUUGGUAUGUCAUUCUUAAUAAUGCGCAAGCUCAAGAGGCGCAAGGCAACAAGAAUGAAACAAAAUUUCUUCCAUCAAAAUCGUGGGCAACUGUUGCAACAACUGGUAUCCCAUAGGUCAGAUGUCGCAGAGAGGAUGAUCAUUCCUUUGGAGGAACUAGAGAAGGCAACCAACAAUUUUGAUCAAACCCGUGAACUUGGAGGUGGAAGCCAUGGCAUUGUUUACAAAGGUAUUUUGUCGGAUUUACAUGUUGUGGCCAUCAAGAAGUCAAAGAUUGUCGUCAAAAGAGAAAUUGAUGAGUUCUUAAACGAGGUUGCUAUACUCUCACAAAUUAACCAUCGGAAUGUUGUGAAACUUUUUGGUUGUUGCCUCGAGACACAAGUCCCUUUGCUUGCGUAUGAGUUCAUUUCAAAUGGAACCCUCCACGAUCAUCUUCACAAGGAACCACUAAGACCAAUGCCUUGGGAAGACAGACUAAGGAUUGCAAGUGAAAUAGGAAAAGCUCUUGCAUAUCUUCAUUCUGCUGUUUCAAUCCCCAUAAUACAUAGAGAUAUCAAGUCUUCUAAUAUACUUCUUGACGAUGCCCUAACAGCAAAGGUGGCUGACUUUGGAGCAUCAAGGUAUGUUCCUAUAGAUCAAACGGGGUUAUCAACAGCAGUGCAAGGAACUAUUGGGUAUUUGGACCCAAUGUACUAUUACACGGGACGGCUAACAGAGUUCAGUGACGUCUAUAGUUUUGGAGUCAUUCUUGUCGAGCUACUUACUAGAAAAAUGCCAGUUACAUAUAGGUCUUCAAAAGGAGAUGGACUUGUGGUACAAUUUCUCGCACUAAUUACACAAGGGGGUCUGCUUCACAUACUAGAUCCACAAGUUAUGGAGGAGGGAGGUGGUGAGGUAGAAGAAGUAGCAAGACUAGCUGCAUCGUGCAUAAAAUUGACAGGAGAAGAACGACCAACCAUGAGACAGGUAGAGUUGGCACUUGAAUGCCUUCGAGCACCCAAAGAGCGUGUCCAAGAUGAUUUGCCAGCAGAAAAAAACGAUGUUCAUUACACUGCGGUGAGUAACCCAUCAACUAGUAGUGGAAGAACAUGCUUUGAGGAGCUGACAAAGAGGAAUAGUUUAGAAGAAGAAUAA